GGUAGUUAUAAAAAGGGACCUGCGAAGUACAGACUAGGAGCUGAUCCAGGUUAAAACAGUCAUUCAGACCCUCAUAUAACACAGACAAGGCACGAGCUUCGUCAGGUUCAUUGAAGGCAAAGCAAAAUGAAGUUUAUCCUCAGAGCCGCAGUUUUCCAUUUCCUCGUCCUCUAUGUAGUGCACGUUUUAGCCAUUAAUAUCGAUUCUAAACCUCCAUUCAACGGUGAGCGUGUUAUACAGGCAGAGCUCAACAAACCCGUAUCACUGGUUUGUACGCUUGAUGCUACUCAAGCUGAUGAAGAGCUGGUCUGGCUCAGGAAUGAUGCAGCGGUUCUUCUGAAGGAAGGGAACAACAAGGGUAGAAGCAGUCUGUGUGUCACACCGAUCUAUGAAGAUAAUGGUGCCAAGUUCACUUGCCACCAAAAAGGCAAUUCCACAGAUCAAGUCUCUGUCACCCUGAAUGUCAUAUUUGCCCCAAAUAUCUCUGGAACAGUGGAAGUUACAGUUGAAGAGGAGGCUGACCUUGUCUUGGAGUGUGACACAAGGGCCAAUCCACUUGUCUCCUCUGUGACAUGGUCACUAAAUGGAAGCCUGGUGGAUCUACUAGCAGACGGCUUCUCUGUGAUUAAUAAUGGCUUAAUAAGUCAGCUGACAGCCAACAAAGUAAAGAAAAGCUUGCAUGGAGGCAUGUACACGUGCACAGUGGACUCUCCUAUGUAUAACGAUAGCAGCAGGCAUUUCCAAGUCACAAUAACAGACAAAACCCUGAAGUUCCCACUGGGGCCCAUGAUAGCCGGGCUGGUGGUUGUUGGCCUCACUGCUCUUCUUGCUGCUGUUUCAAGGUGGAGGAAAAUCGUAAAGUGCUGCAAGUAAGUUGUGCUCAAAAUAACCAGUCUUCUCUACAUCAUCAAACGAGACAAGCCAUGAAGAUAACGCUACUACUCUGUGUGUAAGAGACUCUGAUUAUCCAUUAUUGUGUCCUUCUAUUUAAUUUUGUGAUGUGAUGGUUGUCAUUUUUUUAAAGGAAUGCUUUGUCAUUUUGAGAGAUACAUCUAUUCUACAUUUAAGUUUUCUUCCCAUUGUACAAACAAUGAAUAUUCUUAUGUAUACUAUAUGGACAAAAGUGCAGGGCUACAUAUACAUUACACCUACAGGAGCUGCACAGCCAUGGAAACUCACGUUAUGUAGCUCCCAGCUUGUGCUGAUGUUAAUGCCAGAGGACAUUUGGACCUCUGCAGUUACUGAGCGAGCAGAGCACUGGUGACUUUCAUGCACUACUCUUUAACUUCAUAUGAUCUGCUACAUCGUGUGGCUCCUGAACACUUCCUCUGUGCAAUAAUACUACAGCUGACUGUGUAAUGUCUAGGUGGAGAAAAUCUUCAGGAAGGGACUUCCUGCAAUAGAAAUAUCCGAUCAAACUCACAUUCAGCUCUUUAUCACAACAUGUUCAUUCCCAAAUAUUUGUAAUGGGAGACAGCGUGGCUAGGUGCUUGAUGUUAAACACCUGAAUUUAAAGAUUAAUAGGUGUGGCCUAAAGCUUUUGUCCAUAUAGUGUAUUUCUGUUAUGUAAACACCUAGCUAGUUUAGCUUAGAGUGAAACUUCAGUGAAACACUUAGGUAGUGUUAGUCUAACUGUAAUCAACUCAUAAAACUCACAGUAUGUUAGUUUUUCUAUGUGUUAUACAAUCAGGGUAUAACUUAUCAGUUAAAUGUCCUGUUACCUUUGGUUAAACCCAGACUAGCCUGUUCCCCCUGUUUCCUGUCUUACACUGUGCUAACUGUCUGGUAACGGUAGCUGCAUAUGUUCAGAAACAAACGUGUCUGAAACCAUAAAUCAUCUUCACGAUUUAUGGGUUCAGGAUAGAAAUGAUGCAGCUAGUAAAGCUCAUCUUUCCAAUGCAAUCAAUGCAAUAUAAACUGUCUUUGUCUGUAAGAUCAUUUUUAUUGGUUAUUAUACAAUAUAGAUAUAUAUAUUACCAGACACAGACAGAAACCACCAUUCACACUGUCACAUUUAACUGCUAUUGUAUGAGAAAUGUAUGCACUUACCCUGAUAUAUAGCUCAUGCUGGCUUCUGCAUAUUAAUCAGUGUGCUUUUUAAAGCAAUACAGAGACAGAUAAUUGUCAGACUAAUUGUGUUAAAAGCCAAAAAGCUGCUUAAAAGAGAGUAACUCAAUGCUUAAGCUGAUGCUUUGAUAAUACCCAGUGUAAAACUAUCAAACUGCUGUCAAACCAGAGAAAUAAACACGUCUGUGUAAUGUU